AGCCACGCCCACUAUUACCGACUUUUUCUUUUCAGUAGUCUCUUUUCUGUUUUAUUUAAGAAGUCAGACAGCGUGCAGCGUGAAAGUUAUUCCUCGCAAAAGUAAAACGAGUCUGUUUUUUUUUUUUUUUUUAUCACACCAGAAGUGCGGAUUUUAUAUUAAUGUUAAUUCACCAGUAAAAAAAAAAAUACUUCAAAACCAGAGGAUUCUGCUACGCGAGUCUCAAGCUAACAGUCAGUGAAGAUGGACGUCAGCGUCUCCGUGUCGUUCUUUCAAGACGAGCUCGCCUCUACCAUCGAGCACGCAGUGAAAGCGGCUGUAGACACCGUCUUGUGCCAAAUCACAAAAGUUGUCGGCGGCAAAUUCACUGAAUUCCGAAUGGAAAUGGCUGGAAAGGAGAAAGAGAAUGAAAGUCUGAAGCUGAGAUUGGAAAUAUCAGAGAGCGAGUUGAAAGCAGUGCGGGAAUGCAUGAACGCUGCAGAUGCAGACAUUAAACAACCUCUCAGAAACAUGAACCCCGACUGCAAUGAACAAGACUUUCAGAGGAACGAGAACCAGGGAUUAUUUCAAGAUCCCACAGAGAGCCAUGUUAUGCCUAAAUCUGAAGCACAGGGGCCAAGGAUAGAAGCUCUUUACCCACAAGAGGAGUCCUUUGACCAGGAGUGGUGUGCAAGUCUAAAGCAGGUUACAGAGCUGACAUGUGUUAAAGAUGAAGAGGUCCCUCGACUGGAAUGUGUUCCUAUUAAAGAGGAAUUCAUAGAACAGGAAUGUGUCCCCAUCGCAGAGGAAGUUCCUACUGAAAAUAAUGUCUGUACACUUGAGGAAAACAACAAGCUAGGAUCUCCUAAAACUGACAAGAUAAAUCACACUGGAGGGACUCCAUUUCUCUGUGCUGAUUGUGGGAAGAAUUUCAGUUGUUUAUCACAUCUGAAAACACACAAGCGUGUUCACACAGGAAAGAAACCUCAUCACUGCACUCAGUGUGGGAAGAGAUUCACACAGUUAGGACAUCUUCAAUCACACCAGCGCAUUCACACAGGAGAGAAACCUUAUCACUGCAAUUACUGUGAGAAGAGCUUCAGUGAAUUAGGAAGUCUUAAAAAACACCAACGAAUUCACACAGGAGAGAAGCCGUACCACUGUAAUGACUGUGAGAAGAGUUUCACUCAGUUGCCACAUUUAAAAGCACACCAGCGCAUUCACACAGGAGAGAAACCUUAUCACUGCAAAGAAUGUGAGAAGUGCUUCAGUGAAUCAGGAAGUCUUAAAAAACACCAACGAAUUCACACUGGAGAGAAGCCAUACCACUGUAAUGAAUGUGAGAAGAAUUUCAGUCAGUUACAAAAUCUCAGAAAACACCUCCAAAUUCACACCGCAGUGAAACCCUGAAUGCUGAAUGCUGGGAAAGGUUUCAUCUGGUGGAGCACAUUAAAAACCGGAACAUCUUAGCAAGACAAAAACCCUGUCACUGAAGAGUAAUGUGAUUUAAAAAUCAUUUCUGAACAAACCUCUCAUACAUACAUACAUAUAUACAUACAUAUAUAUAUAUAUAUAUAUAUACACACACACACAUACACAGUGCCUUGAAAAAGUCUUCACACCCUUGAACAUUUUUCACAUUCUGCUGCCUAAAAAAUACAAUUCAAAAUGCAUUAAAGUAAGAGUUUGUUUCACUGAUCAUCACAACAUCAUCUACACUUUCAACGUGAAAGAACAAUUAUAGAAAUAUUCAAAAAGUAAUUAAAAAUAAAAAACCAAAAAGUCUGUAUAUGUAUAAUAUAACUUCACAAAGACACCUCAGAAGUGUGUAUUGCACAGGCUGCAUUUACAGACAAGAGGAUAACAUUCCGGGUGGAGAUAUCAGAGCUUCAACAAAACAUACACAGUGUGAGACACUAUUUCACACCAUCGCUGGUAAGAGAGAGACAUGCUGAGAUGUUUAACUCAUGGGAGGUGUUGCUUUCAGAUAUCCCACUGACUGAGACUGCAAUCAUUAAUUCAGCAGUAAGCAUCUACUGAUGGGACACAUGGAUCCAUGCCAGCACUUAAUUGCUUUUGUUUCAAUCUAGGGGCAGGUCACAGAACUGUGAUAGUGUAAUCUAGCACUGCAGAAGCGCAAAUAUUUGUUGACGGAAAAAUUUACCCAUUUCAGUCGUUUUACACAUAAGAAGAUAAGAGAGUUUACAAACGAGAGGAGACCAUUCGACCCAUCUGAUCCCAAAAUCUCAUCAAGCAACUUCUUGAAGGAUCCCAGGGUGUCAGCUUCAACAACAUUACUGGGGAGUUGGUUCCAGACCCUCACAAUUCUCUGUGUAAAAGUGCCUCUUAUUUUCUGUUCUGAAUGCCCCUUUAUCUAAUCUCUAUGUGUGACCCCUGGUCCUUGUUUCUUUUUUCAGGUCGACAUUGUCAGUACGUUUUAGAAUUUUGAGUGCUUGAAUCAGAUCACCACGUAGUCGUCUUUGUUCAAGAAUGAAUAGAUUCAAUUCUUUUAGCCUGUCUGCAUACGACAUGCCUUUUAAACCCGGGAUAAUUCUGGUCGCUCUUCUUUACACUCUUCCUAGAGCAGCAAUAUCCUUUUUGUAACGAGGUGACCAGAACUGAACACAAUAUUCUAGGUGAGGUCUCAGUAAUACAUUGUAAGGUUUUAACAUUACUUCCCUUUAUUUAAAUUCAACACUUCUCACAAUAUAUCUGAGCAUCUUGUUGGCCUUUUUUAUAGCUUCCCCACAUUGUCUAGAUGAAGACAUUUCUGAGUCAACAUAAACUCCUAGGUCUUUUUCAUAGAUUCCUUCUUCAAUUUCAAUAUGUCUCAUGUGAUAUUUAUAAUGCACAUUUUUAUUGCCUGCGUGCAGUACCUUACACUUUUCUCUAUUAAAUUUCAUUUGCCAUGUGUCUGCCCAGUUCUGAAUGCUGUCUAGAUCAUUUUGAAUGACCUUUGCUGCUGCAAUAGUGUCUGCCACUCCUCCUAUUUUUGUGUCGCCUGUAAAUUUAACAAGUUUGCUUACUAUACCAGAAUCUUAAUGUAGAUUAGGAAUAGCAGUGGACCUAAUACUGAUCCCUGUGGUACACCACUGCUUACCUCGCUCCAUUUUGAGGUUUCUCCUCUAAACAGUACUUUCUGUUUUCUACAUGUUAACCACUCCUUAUUCCAUGUGCAUUAUUAUUAUUAUUAUUAUUAUUAUUUAUUUCUUAGCAGACGCCCUUAUCCUGGGCGACUUACAAUCGUAAGCAAAUAUAUUUCAAGUAUCACAGUACAAGUAAUAAUACAAUUAAGAGCAAGUUAAAUACAAUGACUUUUGUUCAAGCAAGUACAAGUGUGACAAAAUACAAUUCAAUAAUACAGCAGAUAAGUGUCAGUGAUAGUUACAUCAGGAUAUGAUUAAAUACAAAAUACUACAGAUUAAAGACUUGGCAGAUUACAGUACUCUGAAGUACAGGAGUACAUGCAGUAAAAUAGUGGGCAGAUAAGAGCAGUCCUGACAUCUGUAGGAAGGUCAUUCCACCACUGCGGAGCGAGGGUGGAGAAGGAGAGGGCUCUGGAGGCAGGGGAGCAUAGAGGAGGUAGAGCCAGUCUUCUAGUGCAGGCGGAGCAGAGAGGUCGAGUGGGGGUCGAGUGUACAUGCAUUUCCUUGAAUCCCUACUGCGUUCAGUUUGAGAAUUAAUCUUUUACGUGGAACUUUGUCAAAGGCUUUCUGGAAAUCUAAAUAAACCAUGUUGUAUGCUUUGCAAUUAUCCAUUGUCGAUGUUGCAUCCUCAAAAAAAUCAAGCAGGUUAGUUAGACACGAUCUCCCUUUCCUAAAAUCAUGCGGACUGUCUCCCAGAAUACUGUUACCAUAUAGGUAAUUUUCCAUUUUGGAAAAUACCAUUCAUUGAGUGAAAAUGGUAAAGGGUACUGUGGCAGGGCUCUGCCCUUGUAAACCGGCAGGGAUGGGGUUAAAUUCUCCUCCCUGCCCAGGUUUAUUGCAUCAGGUGUGGAGCAAUCAAUUAUUCAGUUAACACCCAGCCACCUGGCAUAAAAGGAGGCCUCAGCCUCCCAUUAAGAGGAGAGUAGUUGAGGAAGCAAGGGUGUUUUUCUUUGUGUACUGUUUUUUUGUUCAUUUGUUUGCAAUCCAGUGAAGGUAACGCUCAGCCUGGAAGCCUUAUUCUUGUAAGUUUCAUUUUGUGUUUAUUUUGUGUUUUAGAAACCUUUUGUUUGGCCCUCGUGCAGGUUUAUUUUGUAUGUUUUGUGUAUUAAAAGCUUUAUUUUUGAACUUUUCA